UGAACGUCUUAUUUUAAUCACAGUAUGCAUGGUUGAUUUGAAAGGUACAACAAUUAGCACAAAAUAAACAAAAUUGAUGUUUUCAAAAAUGUUUUCCAAAUUAUGUGUGCUCAUGUAGAUUGUUCUAGUGGAAAGAAAACUGCCCAGGAACACGUUAGGACGCUUGGAUACCGAUUUUUGUCCCGGCUAGGCGAAGGAACUUUUUCUAAGGUCUAUCUCACAGAAUAUUGCAGAAACAACGGCAAUUCAGAGGAAAUUCAACAGUUGGCCUGUAAGUUGAUCGACACCGCUUUGUGUAGUGCAAAAUUUAAACGAAAAUUUCUACCCCGGGAGCUGGCCAUAUUGCUUCGGAUUAGGCACCCGCAUAUCAUCCGGAUUCAUGCCAUCAUUAAGUGUCACACCAAGAUCUUCAUCUUUAUGCGCAAUGCUGAAAAGGGCGAUCUGCUGACGUACAUUAUUGCCCACGAUCGGCUGGAUGAGAAACAGGCCCGCAUAUGGGCCCGGCAAAUCGCCCUGGCCCUGCAGUAUCUGCAUGAGGCUGGAAUCGCUCAUCGGGAUUUGAAAUGCGAAAACAUUCUGAUAACUUCCAAUUUCAAUGCAAAGCUAAGUGAUUUCGGAUUUUCGCGCUACAUCAUGGAGAAUGGAGAGGUGGAACUCAGCAGGACCUACUGUGGAUCAUUCGAUUAUGCGGCUCCGGAAAUCCUGAAAGGACAACCGUACGAUGCCAAGGCUUCCGAUAUGUGGGCCUUCGGAGUUAUGAUGUACGUUAUGCUCAACAAAUCGAUGCCCUUCAAGGGUCGAACCAAAGUCGUCUACGCCCAGCAGAUGGCCCGGAAGUGGCAGUUCAAAUCGAAAGUGAAAGACACAUUGUCGUCGAACGUCAAAAACCUGGUAGCCAGCCUUUUCGAACCGAAUCCACUGCUCAGGUGGACCGUCGAUGAGGUACUUCAAUCCGAGUGGAUCACGGACGUUCCGGAGCUGAGAAAACUUAAACCCGACGAAUACCUGGCCCUCUCGGAGGCUCCCAAAGCUAAGAAGGACUCGCAACUGGCCAUGAUCGUAAAGUCGAAGCUUAAAAUUUCGACCAGUAACGUGAUCACCACCAUUCGGGAGGCGGACUUUUCCGGCAAGAAUGACUUUGUGUCCCGGACUUCUUUCAAACCGGUGGAUCACGUAGUCGACUUCGAUUUUUCCAGUAGCAGCGGUUUUUAAGGAAUGAAUGGUUUUUUUCGCAAAAUUUGCUUAGGAGAACCUUUUUCAUCUAACUUUUAAUUACUUGGGAUAAUAAUACUCGAUUGAAACAACCUUAAUCUGACUAUUGUUCAUUCCAACCUAAUAAGUUAUUGAAAAUUAAAAUGUGUUACGAAGUCAAUUGUCAACUAAGGUCUAUGAAAAAUUUUUUUAAAAUCUCUAAACAUUGCUAUGCCCGUCGUAAAAAUAAUCUGGAGGGUAUUUGAUCCAUACUGUAAAUAUAAAAAGUAUUUAGACAACAU